AUGAGUCCUACAUGUAUGAUGGGGGCUCACCCGAUGGGAAGAGUUCCUUUAUGGAAUGCGAGUGGACGGGUCAGUUACUCCUCUAUGAAGGGAAGAGCUGCUCCUCUGCGACGCAUCCCGCCAAUCAGCAUACGCUAUGCGUCGUCUGUACAUUCAGGGCACAUCAAGCUCGAGCCAAAUGAGGGGAUCCUUUACUUGAAUAACAUCUUUCCACAGCGCUUGCAAUGGUUCCUGCGAGGUCCCCUUAGCCAUGUUCAACCUCUUGCGGGAAUCAUGAAAAAGAUCAACCGACCCGAUAUCGCAGCUUCCGCUCCAGAAUCGAUCGCACGAUUGGCUUGCCCCAAGAAUCUGGGCCUCGAAGUCAAGGAAGUGAUCCCCAGGUACAAGGAAGGCGGAGCAUUCAUCAAGUAUGCUCGAAAGCCCAACACAAGCGACGAAGAAGUUCGAGCAACCGUCCAAGAACACUUGAAGCAAAAUCCAAUCAGGCCAUGGUACAGUCCAUUGCAGAGCUCAGAGGUUGACCGCGUUCAAGGACGACCCUGGAUCGAAGACAUGGCCAGAAUCCCCAGUCAGACCUUACGGGUCGAGUUCCUGCCAGAUUCUGCGGAAGGGAAAGGAGUGGAACUCACCCAAGAGACCCUCUAUACCCUUUUCCGUCCAUUUGGCAAGCUUCUAACCAUCCAGUCCCAGCCCUCAGACUCCAAGGUCGAACCGAGAUUUGCCCUUGUGCGAUUUAGCCGGCCACGUUUCGCGGUCAUGGCCCGGAAUUGCAUGCACGGAUUUGUCCUCAAUGAAGCCGAAGGGGGUGGUAAAUCAGGCACCCGCUUCAAGAUCAACUAUGACCGGAAGAUCAAAUUCUCUGUCAUCAAAGACUGGGUCAUGAACCAUCCUCGCAUUGUUAUUCCAGCCUUCGCGGCUUUGCUUGCCACUCUUACAGUCAUCAUUUUCGAUCCGAUCCGCACAUUUUUCAUUACGCUCAAAAUAAAGGCCUCUCACCAUACCGAGGACAAUGCGGUGAUCCAGUGGAUUCGCAGACAAGUGAGCAAGGCAAAUCGCAUAUACUUUGGAAAUCGGCGAACCGACCCCAGGGGCCUAGCAGCCAUCUGGGAAGACCGCCAGAACGACAUCUCGCAGCUGCGAGCAUGGUUGACGGAGACUAUCGAGACCUUCAUUGUCAUUCACGGCCCCCGCGGAUCUGGCAAACGAGAGCUCGUCUUUGACCAGGCUCUAAAAGAUCACAAAUACAAGGUGGUGAUUGACUGCAAGCAACUGCAAGACGCCCGAGGAGAUACCGCAAAGAUAUCUCGGGCAGCAGCUCAAGUCGGAUAUCGUCCUAUUUUCUCAUGGAUGAACAGCAUCAGUAGCUGGAUUGACUUGGCCGCGCAAGGAAUGAUUGGCACCAAGGCCGGUUUCAGCGAGACCCUAGAUGCUCAGCUCAGCAAGAUCUGGCAGAACACGGCUGUCGCUAUGAAACGGGUCGCGCUCGAGGGUCGAAGCAAGAACGAUAAAGACGCGAACAUUAGCGACGACGAGUAUCUGGAAGCUCACCCGGAGAAGAGACCUGUCGUGAUUAUUGACAACUUCACGUACGAUGCACAAGGUGACAUCGUUCUUGACAAGCUCACGGAAUGGGCCGCAGGGCUGACGACCUCCAACAUUGCCCAUGUCAUUUUCCUCACCACUGACUCGUCCUACUCGAAACCUUUGAGCAAGGCACUGCCUAAUCAAGUCUUCCGCGCCAUUGGUCUUGGCGAUUGUUCCCCUGAAGUUGGCCGACGCUUCGUGAUGAGCCACCUCGAUACGGAGGGAGACAGUCACGACGAGGCUUCAGUCCACAAGCCAUCACGCAACUUGACCGGUCUCGAUGAUUGUAUCAAGGUCUUGGGAGGGCGUAUCACCGAUCUUGAGUUCAUGGCCCAUCGCAUUGAGGCUGGUGAAACGCCAAAAGCCGCGGUGGACCGCAUCGUCGAUCAAUCGGCUUCGGAGAUCAUGAAGAUCUUCAUUAUGGGAAGCGACUCUGUCACCCCGCAGUGGACUCGUGAGCAAGCUUGGCACUUGAUCAAAUCUCUUGCCCACGCCAAGGAUGGCUCCUUGCUGUACAACAAGAUCAUUCUGUCAGACAUGUUCAAAGAGAACGGCGAGGCUACUGUACGUGCUCUGGAGCAAGCGGAGCUCAUCUCGGUCACUUCUGUCAGUGGAUUCCCAAAGUACAUCAAACCUGGGAAGCCUGUCUACCAAGCUGCUUUCCAACGCCUCAUCGAGAACAAGACGUUGGAAGGCCGCCUUGACUUGUCCAUUCUCGGCAAACUGAUCGGUCAAGAGAAUCAGAGCAUUAGCAAGUAUGAGCAAGAGUUGCAGCUAAUUGGGUCACUGCCCAAGCAACCUCGGGAGUUGACGUCUCGUGUUGAAUGGCUUCUGCAUAAGAUCCAGGGAUCGCAGUCCAAGGUCUUGAAAUACGAGGCAGAUAGUGCAGCCCUUUCGAAGGCGCUACAACAUGAGAAGUGA